GUGUGCCCUCGGUACGGUCGCAUCGGAAUCUGUAGUUUCAGUUUACAUCGUGUUCGGUGUCCGUCUCAACGGCGAGGACGACGCGACGAUCUUCACGGACGUCCCAUUCAAGCUGGUUCCCGCGCUGAACGUGCUUGAAGUGAUAGGGUCAGGGUGACAAGGAAUAAGUGAAAAAUUGAUUUAGUGUGAAGGCAACGUAAAUAAAGUGAAAUAGAAGCAAAAGUUUCCCCCCGAAUAAAUCUAUACAUUCGAAGGCUCUCGAAGUGAAGAAAUAAAAUCACCAUCAAUCAUCGGACGAAAGUGGCGGCGGCGCGCGAGCAAAAAUAAAGCAAUCAACGCGCGACUGGAGGAGGCCCACGUGAUUUUGUGACUAUUCUUCCUUCCUCAUCAAAAUCAGCAAGAAAACAGCUGAGCGGUGUCGCGGGAGAACACCCUUGCGCUGGUUUUUAUGGGAGUAUCCCCGAGUGAUAAGCACACGAGACGCCACCCGGCUGAGAAAGGAAGCGCCCACAUAAAUGCGGCAGUAAUGAAGAACUCGAUGGAACUUAAAAGCUGGUUCUGCGGCAUCAUACUGCUGUGGCUGAACUGCUGCCAGCCGGUAACCUCAUCGGAGCUGGGACUGUUUGGUGGUCAGGGGAUAAGAGAUGUCUUCGCGGAGUUCGACCUGCUGCUGGCGAUCAAAAUCCCCCCGGAGGACGGCAUCACCUUCGUCGAUGGAUCGGACGGUUUCCCGGCGUUCGGAGUGGCGGCCAACGCGGACAUCAAAUCCCCCUACCGGACCAUCCUGCCGGAGAAACUGACCGAGUUCACGAUUAUCGCGACCGUUCGGCCCGGAUCCCGCUCCGGUGGUUACAUCUUCAGCGUCGUCAAUCCACUCGAUACCGUUGUCCAGCUGGGUCUGCUGCUGGAGCCCAUCCUGGCGACGGAUCAAUGGAACAUUACGCUGAUUUACACCGACGCGAAUACUCAGCGCGAAAGCCAGCCACUGGCGUCGUUCCAGAUCCCGUACACCAAGUCGUGGAUCAAGUUGAUUUUUAAGGUGCUCAACAAUAAGAUAGUGUUCUACAAUAAUUGCGUCGAGACGGAGACGGUUGUGGUUAAGAAGGACCCCCGAAUGCUAAUUUUCGAUGCGGCCUCCACGCUGUACAUUGCCCAGGCUGGGCCGAUUCUGAAGCGGAACUUUGAGGGAACGCUGUUGUUCCUGAAGCUGUACGGAAACCCGGAGAUUGUGAAGACCCAUUGCAACAGGACGGCGACCGAUUUAGACGAUUCAAGUAGUAUAAUUUAUGAGGAGGAUGAGCUGGGCGACAGCGAUCAGAACGAUAUCUUCUCGGACACUCACUAUGUGUCGAGCGGCGAUGACGACGAUUCAAUGUUUGAACUACCAAUGAUAUCACCACCACCACCACCGGAGUAUGGAUACAGACUGAAAGGGGAGAAAGGCGAGCGAGGAUUGAAAGGACCCCCAGGGGACAGCAUACGAGGGCCUCCGGGUCCACCGGGUCCUCAGGGUCCACCGGGACCACCAGGCUCCCCGGGAUCCCCCGGACAAAGAGGAGCCGGCUAUUUCGACGAAGGAUCAGGCGAUGAAGCGAAGAGAUUAUCCCAGCUGUUGGAUGUCCUCCCCAACCGGAAGUACGCCAACCAGUGCUUCUGCAACGCCACACUCAUACUGGAGGAGCUGAAAAUGGACAGCACCUUGCGCGAGUACCUGAGGGGUCCCGCGGGACCGCAGGGACGCGAGGGCAAAACUGGCUCACCAGGACUAACGGGAGCAACGGGACCAGCGGGUGAACGGGGUUCAUCUGGUCCCAAGGGUGACAAAGGAGAUCGAGGGGAUAUCGGAGCGUCCGGACCGGAGGGUAUCCAGGGCAGCAAAGGGGAACCUGGCUUGGAUGGCAUGCCAGGUCCUCCGGGUAUGAAUGGACCUCCGGGACCGCCGGGCAUUCCUGAGAACUACGAUAUUAAUUGGAACCCAUCGCGGAUGUUCAAGGAAUCAAUGCUGGGCUCACCGAUUCAAGGACUUCGAAGUGCUUCGCCAGGUACAAAGGGCGAACCGGGCGAGAAGGGUGACAAUGGUUUACCCGGUCUGAAGGGGGAACACGGCAGCAAGGGUGACCGGGGCGAUCCCGGCCUCACCGGUGCUAAAGGAGAAAGGGGUCACACAACGGUGGGAGCACCGGGACCGAAAGGAGCCACAGGACCCUCUGGCAUCCCAGGUAUACCGGGACAAACGGGAGCUACCGGACCGAAGGGUGAAAAGGGAAACAUCGGGGAUAUUGGACCCCCUGGACCAGCGGGUCCUCCUGGCAUGGUAGUGUACUCAGAGUCGAAAAACUCAACCUCAGAUUGCCAGUGCCAACCUGGUCCUCCAGGUCCCGCUGGCCCCCGAGGACCCACCGGAUUCGAUGGCACUCCUGGACUGCCGGGCGAAACUGGACUUCCCGGACAUCCAGGGCUACCAGGAGAUAAAGGUGACAAGGGAUCCACCGGAUCGAAGGGAGACAAAGGUCCGGAAUUCAUCAUCAAUGAAAACGCCGCCUUCAAUUCGUCGAGAGCCAACAAAGGUGAAAAGGGUGAACGGGGACCCCGGGGCCGGCGAGGCAAGCCGGGCCCCAUUGGACCUCCCGGGAAACCUGGCAGUCCGAGCGAUGUGGGCAUCAGCGCGUGGCCGGCACGACCCGGACCGAAAGGAGAGCAAGGACAAAAGGGAGACCGAGGCGAAAGUAUAAUGGGGCCUAGGGGAGAGAAGGGUGAUCGAGGAAAGGAUGGUCGAGAUGGACAGCCUGGACCCCCGGGCCUACCGGCAGCAUCAAGCGAAGGAGUUCAGUAUAUUUCGAUGCCGGGACCACCCGGACCGCCAGGACCUCCAGGGCCACCGGGACUUUCGAUCGUCGGCGAAAAGGGUGAACCGGGGAUGGACUCACGCAGCCCGUUCUACGGUGACCCGAACUACCUUGGGCGACCAGGAAGUCGCUCAAGCUUAGACGAACUAAAAGCACUUAGAGAACUAAAGCACCACAAGGAUAUACAAGAUAGUACGCCUGGCCCGCCAGGACCACCGGGAGCGCCGGGUGCACCAGGACGAUUAAUCCACGACAGCAGUGACGAUAUCCCCAACAGUUAUGGCGCGAACGUGCGAAUUGUGCCAGGAGCAGUCACCUUCCAGAACGCCGAAACCAUGUCCAAGAUGUCUUCUACGAGUCCCGUCGGAACGCUCGCCUACAUAAUUGACGAAGAAGCACUGCUGGUACGAGUGAAUAAGGGCUGGCAAUACAUUGCACUCGGUACGCUGGUCCCGAUCGCAACCCCGGCGCCACCGACGACCACCGUAAUACCACCGCCCCGGCCGGACCUGCAAGCAUCCAAUCUGAUAAAUAACAUCCCGCAGCCGGUCGAAGGACCAUCCUUCACGGCAUCCCCGGAGUAUGAGUCGUGGUAUCCCAAAAUGUUGCGGAUGGCAGCUCUAAACGAACCAUACACCGGAGAUUUGCAGGGCAUCCGCGGAGCAGAUUUCGCAUGCUACCGGCAGGCACGACGGGCCGGUCUCCUGGGGACGUUCCGGGCGUUCCUGUCAGCUAGAAUCCAAAACCUAGACGCCAUCGUGCGGAUAGCAGAUCGCGAGCUUCCAGUAGUAAACACCCGGGGAGACGUACUGUUCAACUCCUGGAACGGUAUCUUCAACGGCCAGGGUGGCUUCUUCUCGCAGGCCCCACGGAUAUACAGCUUUAGCGGGAAAAACGUUCUCACCGACAUAGCCUGGCCCCAGAAGCUGGUAUGGCACGGUUCCAGCACGCUCGGCGAGCGCGCGAUGGACACUUACUGCGACGCCUGGCACUCCGGCUCGCCCGACAAGGUUGGACUGGCCAGCAGUUUGCUCGGCAAUAAAUUACUAGAUCAGGAGCGGUAUUCCUGUGAUAAUCGGUUCGUGGUGCUCUGCGUCGAGGCACUGUCCCAGGAUCGACGACGAAAGCGAGAUGUCAGUAGCCAUACACUAUCCGAGUUCACCAACGAGGACGACUACAACCGCCAUCUGAGGCAAGUGCUGCACACGUAAGAGGGCAGCGGAUUCACGGAUAAAUCCCCAAAAGUUACCUUCCAUCGCCACUAAACUUUGCAACAAAACAACAACAUCACAGUGUUAAAAAGCAUCACGAAUGUACGAAGAAGAAAAAGAAAGAAAACAAAAAAAACAAAAGCAUCACGUGAAGCACAACCAGGCUGCCAAAGUAGAAAAGAAAAAAAAAAGAUAUUUUUUCCACCUGGAAUGUCAACACCCCCGUGAAAGAUAAAACUUACGAGAAUAAUAAUGGCCUAGUAGGAUGCAUGUGAACGCUGAGUGACGUUGAACGAUGUGCAGAUUGUAAAUUGAUGGUAACUGGGCGAACUAUUACAAGAUUGGAUGGAAUACCAUGCUGUGACACGAUAGCCUAGGCGUUCACAAAUAUUUUCAAACUCACCAGUAAAAGCAACAUCAAUGCCAAUGAAACGUACGAAAACGGGGGAUGGGCGAAACUGUAAACAAUAAUGAUAAUAAAUGGAGAAAAUAGUCAAAUUACAAUAACAAUAGUACUUUGUGCUACGGUGGACACGCUUAGUACAAUGUUGAAAGUAUUAGGUACAGAAAUUUACCUUUAUUUACAGUCUAGUACGGAAAAAAAAUCUAUUCGAGAUCGAAGAUAAACGGCGAGAAAUGUGCAAGUGUUGAGUCAUGUUUGGAAUAUUUUUUUAUAGAUGAAGAUAUUCUACUUGUCUGUUUGUCUGAAGAUAGGGGAUGUACAUUAAAAUUUGUAAAUUUAUGAAAUUGUGAAGAACAUUGAUGUUCCAUGCUUUCUGCUAAAUUAUAGAAAUUUGUUUUGACAAAUUCACUUGAAUGUCAAUUGAUUGCUUACACAAAAGAAAAACAAGUAAUCGUGCUCCAAUUAUGUUUUAUUUCAUUCCUCAGAAAGCUAAACUCAACAUUCAGUGACGCAUACCAAAAGACUCCUAAUCCAAUGUAUCAUAAUUUGAACAUUUGAACAAAAGAAAUCGAAUCAGAAGGAGAACCUAAUUGUAUGAAUGUAUCGCGUCUAUCAACUCAACGAGACGGCUGAAUUUGAACUAGAGUACGAAAACAUUGUGUUGUGAGCCCGUUUGGGGACAACAGCAACAAGUAAAACCCCGGAGACGAACACCUGGAACCAUUUUCCGACGAAUAGAAAGUAUAAAGGUAAAACGCUGAAAUGUUGUCUUCUUUUUUAAGAAGCAUGAAUCCCGUAGCGGCCGCAGAUUAACUACCGAAAGCAGUAACUUGUGUGUCAUAAUCGAAAGUAAGAGAACAGAAAAAAAAUGUUUUACUAGUUGUAAUGUUAAGUUAAAUACAUUGAAUACAUGAUGCAAAGAAAGUAUCUUUUAAAUAAUAGAUAAUAAUAUAGCCAAUAAGUUAUUUAAUGCGAAAUUCUGGACAGAUUCUAACAUUGAUCAUUUUGAUAUUUUACUUUGUCUUUACACCCUAGAGAAUCUGUGGAGACGUUUUAGCAUCAGUGAAAGAAACUAAUACAAAUCUGCUCUUUAACGUUAAGGAUGCAAACUAAUUGUAACAAUAA